AUGAACUAUAUUGAAAUUGUUGAUAAAUUAGAUGAUUCCUUCAAAAAAUUCAACUCACGCAUUCUUGAAGUUGAUUAAGGUCGCAUUAAAUAUUAUUCUAAACCUCCAUUAGAUUUCUAAUCUGAUAAUCCAAAAUUGAAUGACAAACCUAAAGCUGGGUUUAAAUUUCAAAUUAUUCUAUAUUAGACUACUUUUCAGCAGUAUUGUUGACAUCAUUGAAGCUGAUCCUAGAAUAAGUAAUGAUCUAUUACCUAGAGUUAUUGCUUUCACUUUUUAUUCAAAUCAAUUACUUAAAGGAAAUGAACUCAAUAAACCAGAACCUAAUCUUCCUAAACCCAAACCACCAUUAUAAACUUGGAUCUUUCUAUUUCGAGAUAUUGAAUCUAGAGAAAGAUGGUGUGAAAUCUUUGUACUAAAUUUACAAAGACAAUAAGCACCUACACCUUCUGUCAAAUAAUUUGUAGAAAAUCAAUAGAAAUAAUUAGAAAGAUUAAGGUAACCUUUCUUUCUCUUCUUUCUAGUCCAGAUCAAAUCAAAGAAUAAAUUCCUUUUGAAAGUAUAGACGAAGAAGAAAAACUAAGAAAUGAAGAUAAAAUAUAAUCUGGAAAAAUUGAAAAAAUGAGAACAAAUUUAAAAUUAGAAGGAAUUAACAGAAAAAAAAAAGAAGAAGAAAGUAAUCGAUUAAGAAAAUAAUAAUAUGAAGAAGAAUAAAAAAGACUCAAUCUUUAAAGAGAAGAAGAAGAAAAAAAGAGAAGGGAAGAAGAACAAAGAAAUCUGAGAAGAGAAUAAGAAAGAUAAAUGAAAUUAAAAAUACAAACAGCUUGGGAAUUUAGAUUUUAUUAAGCUUUAGAAGAUUGCAUUGAAUCAUGUGAUAAUUUUGAUAAUAGCAUGAAAGCUGGUCUUCGAUUAAUUAAAUAUCUUGAAACUUUUAAAGAAUAAGCAUUUAUUACUACAAAACAGUUAAUUUGUGAUCUUUUAGAUAAGAAAAUCACUGUAGUAAAUUAAAAUCAGAGUAUUAAUUUCAUUGAAGAGGAUAAUCAAAAAAAAGUAAUCAUUUUAUUUAUCAUUUUAGACAAUAUUCUCAAAACCUAAAAAAAAACAAUCAAGUACAGAAGAAAUUAAUUAUACUGGUCAAUUUCAGGAUUGUUAUUAUGGAACAUUCUAAUUCAAAAGCAAUAAUAUGCUUAUCUACAUUGCAACAUCUGAAACUGUUGAAAGAACACUCUUAAUACCUAAUAAAUCAGUUAUGAUUUAAAGUCUUAAUCUAAAUCUACUCGAAUUACCUUUCUGGUAUGGAAUAGUUCAUUCAAAUUCUAAGAAACGAUAAUUGUCAGAUGAAUUCAAAGCCUUUAAUUAUUUGAAUGAUAUUUGCUUCUCAUAAAGAUCUAUGAAUAAAUAUUUCAAAUUAAAAGCACCACUGGCAUGUUAAAUUGAAUAUCUUGGAUUUAAGGCUUUAGUUUUAGCAUGUCCUCCUUCUCCUUUAGAUGAUUCUUCUCUAAUCUAUGGAGUACCAAAUGAUUAAUACUAUUAUAAAACAUCAUAAAAACUAGAAUUAGAAAUUGAAUCCUUAGGAAGAAGUUUAGCAAUUAAACCUCAUUUCUUUAUGUGGAAAAUUGAAAGAUUUGAUCCAAAAAAAGUAUAAUUGGAUACCAAAAGAUCUGCUAUUUAAUUAUCUGUUAAUACUCAAAUCCACAGCGGUAAUAUGGCUGAAUUUGAAUAACUAAAAGCUUAGAUUAAAAUUUAUGCAGAAUAGGAAUUAGAAUAAGAAGUCAAAAGAUAAGGCUUGUUUUACUUAUAUAGAGUCAAGGAAAUACUUCCUUACAUUAUUGAAGAAAACUACUCAGAACUUGUUGAAUAAUCAAAUAAAACUAUACCUUCCAAUUAUAAUUUUGAUCAUUUGCUAUAAAAUUAUGAAUUCAGAAGAGCAAGACCAGAAUUUCUAUCUGUCUAUUUUGAUACUGGAGUCUCUGGUUAAUUAAGAGCUUAAUAAAAUAAUCUUUAAAAUAGAAAAGUUUAUAAUCCUGAUGCUUAUGAUACUGUUGAAGAAUCUAAUGAUGUUGCUAUUGAUUAAAUGGCUUUAGCUGAAAUGAGUAAGAAUUUCAUCAGAGGAUACAUUUAAGAAUUUGUUAAUAAAAUUGAUUAACUGGAGAUAUGUCCUAUUGAUAGCUACUCUCUAAGAGAAAGUUUUAGACUUUUUGGUAUCAACAUGAGAUUCCUCAGUCUUGUUGCUGCAUAAACUAAGUAGUUAUUUAUUAAAACUAGAAUUCCUCAUGUAUAAUAGCUUUGUGAAGUUGAAAUGAUGGCAAGAUCUAUUAAAAAUAUUUUUAAUUAAUAAUUUACAGAAUAUUUGUAAACUAUUACUGAGAGUUAAAUUCCAUUUAAGCAAUUUGAUCCUAAAAAAAUGAUAAGAGAACCAUUUUCUGAUUAAGAAGAAAUUGAAUCUAAGAGGACUUUUCCAAAAAAGUAAUCAAUUCUUUUACCACGAACAAUUAUUUAGGAAAGGGAGACUAUAUCAGAGUAUAUAGAAAUGUAAUACAAAGAACAAUUAGCAGAUCUUUUAAAUUUACUUUUUUCUAAAAGCAAUGUUUUUUACGAAUAAAUUCUUUUUAAAUAGGUUUUUUUUGAUUUUAAUUAUGAUCUUAAUUUAAAAUUAAAAGGAAUUUGUCCUGGUAGUUUACUGAGUGCUUUACAAUAUAAUCUAAAAUUUGAAUCAAAAUUUGAACCUAAGGAUAUAAUUUUUGGAACUCCAUAUGCAUAAGUAGAUGAAAGUGUCAUAAAUAAAUUCAAUUUGAAAUAGUUCUUGCAUUAAAAAACGUAUUAACAAUUAUAUAAAACACCUAUUAUUUCAGCAUCAUCAUAAAUGACCCCAUUAACAACUCCUCCAACAAAAGGAGCUCAUUCAAUUAAGUAAAUCAAUAAAUAGAUUUUUUUUGAUUCUUCUUCAAUUAUACAAUUGAGAUUUGAUGUUCAAAGUUUUUCAAUGUAAGAAAUAGAAAUCUGUAAAUUGGUGAAUAAAUUUAAUAUCUUCAAACUUUAGUAAAACUACUAAUUGGCAAUAAAAGUUCUUCAUAUGUAAAUUAAAUUUUGACAAAUCAGACGCCUAAACCUUCUAGAUGGACUUGAACAUUCCAGUAACAUAUCAUUGGCCAGAACCAUAGUAUUGACAGACCUAGCAGAAUUACAUUUUAAAUAAAAGCAGUAUUAACAAACGAUGGUUCGAUUAGCAGAAGCAUUAAAAUAAUAAAAUCCAAGCAUUUAUAUUGACAGUGAUAAUUUACUCAAUCAACUUUCCAAUAUGAAUUAAAGAUUGAUUCCUAAAGUAGGAAUGAUUCGACCAUUAAUGUUAUUAUUAGAAAUAGUAACUGAAUUGUAUUAGGAAUAUGUAUUGAUAGUUUUUGAUUUGUUGAUAUUCAAUCUGGAAUUUUGUCUUGGUUCAUAACAUCAUUACUAUGCCAAAGUAUUCAAUAUUAUGGGUACCUUUUUCAAGAAUAAAGGUUAAAUAGAGGAUAUGCUUUAAAUGAACACGAUGUAAAUCAUUUGUUUAAUCAAAACAAUUGGUCAUCAACACUAAUUGACUGCUGAAGCCUAUAUUGAAAUUGGAGAAUAAAAAUAAAGUCCCGAAUAAUAAAUACUUUUUUAUGAAAAGGCAUUUUACAUUUUUGAAACACUCUAUUCAGACAAUAGUCUAUAAACAGCUUAUGUGGCUUGUAAAUUGACUAAGGCUUACACAGAUUGUGGUAAAAUUAAUGAAGCUUUAAAGAUAAGUUAAUUAGCUUGUAAAAUAUUAAAAACUAAAGCUCAAGAUAAUUUGGCUCAUCUUUUAGAAUUGAGUUAUUAUAGAGCUUAUAAUUUUUACAAGAAUUCUUAAAAAGAGUCAGCUAGAAAAGAAUGUGAAGAGUAUUUUAAUGUUUUACUAUUAUAUUGGGAUCAGAUAUAAGCAUAUGAUUAGCAAGAUUAAAGUCAUUUAGAUUUAAAUAAUAAUAAGGAUUUAUAAUCGUUUCCAGUUUAAUUAAUUGAAAUGACUCGCAAGACUUUGAUUAUUUUUACUGAAAUAUUUUUAGCAGAGGCUUCAAAAGAACAUAGAAAUUUUUUAUAUUAAAUGUUUGAUUUGAUUAUAGAGAAUCAUGCAAGAUCUAAUUUAUUAGAACAGUUUGAUUCUCAAUUUAAUAUUCAAUUUAUUCAUGUAUUAAAGAAAAUUAAAACUUUGGGUAGUUUAUAGGCUUAUUUUGAAUGGUCAUUAAUAUAAUUUGUAGAUAGAACUGGAGGUGAUACUAAUUGGCUUACAUUUAAUUUUAAGGUUUAAAAUUUUCAAUAGUUAAAAGAGCCAUAUGAAAAUUAUGAAUGCAUAGUAAUUACAAUAGGAAGAAAAACUUUAGGAUAAAUUUUUGAAAAGAUAAUGAUAAAUAAUCCAUGA